AGCUGAACUGAACUGAACUGAAUUUCAACGGAAGAGAACAUGCCCUAAGUUGAAGCCAUAUAGGAUAUAGCUGCAAUAGUGAGAUUAUUUUUUUUAUUACUUUUUUUUUUCAUGCUAAUUGAUUAUAUCCUAUAAAAUUCUUACAUCCGUUUUUUUAGUCGAUACAUAUUUUUUUUUAGGAAGUUUUAGUCGAUGCAUUUUCUUUUUGAGUGAGUUUUAUACCUUGCAUUUACUAGCGUACACUACUUGCAUGUUUUAUCAUUCUCUCUCCUUCUUAAUUAGGUAUGCCUAAAAUUAAACGUGUCACCUAAAUAGUUUUAUCGUUCUCUCUCCUUCUUAAUUAGGUAUGCCUAAAAUUAAACGUGUCACCUAAAUAGAAAGGGUGGAAAUAAUUAAACAAAUAAAACAAUACAUGUUAUCAUAUUCAAGUACGUAGAUUAACAUAAUUUAUGUCUCAUUGUCUCAUUCAAAAUCCAAUAUAAAAAGGUGACAAUAAUGACAAUCAUUAUUUCCCUCAUUGAUCUCAACAUAAUUAAAAGGUACAAACGUUGACAAAUCUCAAAAGCUCCCUCAAACAACUAACCAUGGUGUCAAAACCAUCUCACAUUGCUCUCAUCAUUCUCUCCCUCUUCUUGCUCUCCGCCACCUUCAACCUCGUCGCUGGCCAUAGCACCGAGAAGAAAAAGGAAUGUACCUGUCUAAGAGAAGACAAAGACGAGCAUGCAGGAGAAGUCGUCGAUAAAAGUGUCUUACAUUAUAAAAUUGGAUCAAUUGUUGUCAUAUUAGUUGCGAGUGCGCUAGGAGUUUUUCUCCCCAUAGUGGGGAAAAACAUCCCAGCGCUUCACCCUAGUAAGGGUGGAUUCUUCCUAGUAAAGGCAUUUGCGGCAGGUGUCAUCCUAUGUACCGCGUUCAUCCAUAUCUUACCCGAGUCCUUUGAGAACCUAACUAGCCCAUGUCUCGGUGAAGAUUCACCGUGGGCUAGUUUUCCCAUCACUGGCCUCGCCGCCAUGGGUGGGGCUAUUCUGACUUUGAUGAUGGACUCCAUUGCUAUGCGCCAUUUUCGUAAGGCUCAUGGCCUUGAUGAUCACAAUGCCGCGGAUGAGGAGGCUAAGGAUGCUCACCACCAUGUUCAUGGCUCAACUAGUGUUGUCCCUCAAGGUCUAAGUAAAGCGGAACAAGUCAGAUAUAGAGUCACUUCACAGGUAAUUUUUAUACAUAUUGCUCUUUUUCUUGAUGCAUAUACCAGUAAUAAUGUUUAAUUUGGAGUACAUGCUAGCUGUAACGGAUGCAAGUAAAAUCUUUUUAAAAACAUUAACAAACAAGGACACGAUUUUAUUUUUUUUGAAAAGGUAAGAAGAAUAAAUGUUAGGAAGCUCUCCUCACAAGGGGGGAAUUCCUAAUGUAUAGAACACUAAUUUUAUGUGGUUCAUCAUUAAACAUGAGUUAGCUUUGUGGCUAUAUGUCCACAGAUAAGCAAGAUUAAAGUGUAAAUUAUUUCUAGCUGUGGAAAUAGGCUUAUAUAGUCUUGUCAAAAAUAAUACAGUACUACGUAAUAAUAAAAAAAGUUUACAAAAUACACUUAAAUUUUACGGAGUACCUGUCAAGAAAUAAAAUUAAAAAAAAUUACACGUAGUAAAAAGAAAUAGGUCUAGGUUAUAGAAAACCAUAGCUCAUAAAUGAAAUUACUCAAACAUCCCGACUAAUUGAUUCAAGUCAUAUUUUAACGGUAUAUUUUAUAUAAAUUUUAUUUUCUAGUUAGGAUUGGUGUUGACCGUUUUUUAUGUUGG